CCUUAUGCUGUGGGAAGAAAAUGGCCCACCUGCCAAAUCGAGACAUGUUCCUGUUACAUGUACUUCCCUCCCUCCCUCUCUGGGCAUGCGUGUGCGUGUGUGUGUGUGUGGGGUUAUGGGUUACUGUUCCCACUCUUCUCUCUCAUUCGCUCAUCUGCUCGCUGUCGAUUCAUUGCACUCAUCAGAUCUGACUCCUCCUCUUGCACUGAUCUCUUUCCUUCCCACUUUCUCUUUCUCUUCCUCUCCUUCUCUCACACCCCAUUCUUUACUUACCCUACGCGCCCCUUCCCUCUCCACUCCCGCCCUUCUCCAUCUCCAUCUUCACCUUCUCUUCCCUAUAGUUCAACCCUGCCCUACCCACAAGACCAUCUGAUCCUCGUAUCCUCCCCGUCUACUACUUCUUCCGCACACCUAUUAGUCAAUUGCACCCCCAAAGCCCAUUUUUUAACUCCGCACUGCUUUGCUUAUGCUUGAUUGCGACGAAAGCGUUGCCCUCGUACACGUACAGGACGAACCAGCUGGAAGCGACUGGACAUCCAAUUUUGUUGCAGGGACAAUAGGAGGCGUCGCAGGAUUGUGUGUCGGUCAUCCAUGGGAUACCGUCAAGGUUCGACUGCAGUCCAAAGAGCUGGCCAGCAGAUAUUCAGGGACAUGGAACUGCUUCACGACGAUAUUGAAGCAGGAGAAGGUGAAGGGUCUUUACAAGGGCAUGGCUUCCCCAAUGGUCGGAGUUGCAUUGGUGAAUGCGCUGCUGUUCGGCGUGUAUGGAUUCUUUAUGGAUAUCCAGAUGGCAAAUCCAGCUGACGAUCCAACGCUAUUACAGAUCUUCAUCGCCGGCACAGGAUCAGGCGUUGUCAACAGCUUUAUCAGUUGCCCCAUGGAGUUGUCUAAGAUUCGUUUGCAGAACCAGGACCAGGGAGCCAAUACAAAAGGAAAAAUCAGCAGCACUUUCUACAAAGGACCCAUGGAUUGCUUCCGACAGACAUUUCGUCAGGGUGGUCUCCGUGCGUGCUACCGUGGAUUGUGGGCUACGAUCCUGCGCGAGACCUCAUAUGGACCUUACUUUUUGAGCUACGAGAUCUUUUGCAGGGCACUCACACCCGAGGGUCAGAGGACCCAGGAUCUAUCCAGUGGCAGACUCGUGGUCGCAGGAGGGUUCGCAGGCAUUGCAGGCUGGCUUAGUACAUAUCCCACAGAUAUGAUCAAGACUAGAAUGCAAGCACAACAUGAAUCUACACCCAAGGCACAGCAGUUCAAGGGAGUCUGGGAUUGCACGAAACAUCUGUACAGAGAGGAGGGCUUCCGUGUAUUCUUCAGAGGCGUCAAUGCGACGGUCAUUCGUGCGUUUCCCUGCAACGCGGCGACGUUCUUGGUGUACUCCUUGGCUAUGCGGGCCCUAAUGCCAACUCCAAGCGAGGCACUUGCAUAAAUUACUGGAACUUUCAAUAAAAUAAAAUAAAAUCAAAUGUG